AUGGGGAAUCCAGAUUUUGCAUGCUUGCAGUCUAUUUUCAAAAACAACAACACUCUAGGCUGCUUUAAAGGUCUAGUAGCUGCUUCUGCCACAGAGUUGGUAACUUUGCAUGUAUUGGCAUACAUUUUGAACGAACCAAGCUGGUGGAUAUCGAUUGGUACUCCUGAAAUUGUUCAAAGAUGGCUAUCUGAAAUGUCCAAUGUGGCAGCAACUAUGGACCAACCAAGUCUGGAUAUGGACAUGGUAAUAUCUCUUGCAAGGCAUUUGGCCGACACAUCUGUAUGCACUCUAGAUGAUGGAUCUAUUAUUGUACCAGGACCGGUUGUAGGAACACUAUCGUCAUCUAAUGCUAUUCCCAUGCUAUUACAAGCUCGAUUGGUUGCCCAUACUCGCAUUUUGGAGGAUAUUCCAGAAGAGCACAAAGACUGGUUGAUGACUUGUCGAUCCACCACUACGAUGGGUACUUCUGACACUGCAGUAUCAUCCGAUAAGAAUGAGUUGUCACUUGUCCAUCCAAGUUUGUUUUGUCUCUACUACAAUCACACCAUGAUUAAGCUAGAUAGUCGCAAGAAUCUGCAACGAAUGCAACCUCCAUGGUCACAGUUUGUUGGAUCUGGCAAUCAGAUUGCUCGUGUUCCUAAUCGAGGCAUUACUGGUCCUUGGCUUACACGAUCCCUUCGGUUUCAAUGGCUGCCUAGCGAAGUGGUAGUUUCUCCAUCAGGAGUUCCAACCAUCACAUCCUAUAUCAACAAUCUUCAUCCAUCGCACCACUCGGAGUUGUAUCAAGAUAUUACAGAUAUUUUCCAGCAAUUCAUACCGCUGUUUGAGAAGCAGGUGUCACUCCUGAUGUCAUUGCCUAGCAUAUCAAGACUACUCACUGUAAAUCAAAGCGCAGAUUCAUUAAAUGAUUUAUCGAGUAGCGAUAGUGAAGAGUCGGAUGAUGUAUCGCAUGGCUCAACUACAGAUACAUCAUCAGACUCAACCAAUGCUCCUCAUACCAACAUACCAAAAGCAAAUGUCUCAUUCAAAGGUCGUCGUCUUCAAAUCAUUAUUAAACUAUCCCAGAUACAUGUGUCUCCUAACCACCCCGAGUACAUAGGAGAACAAUGGUGUUUUGAUGGAAAUGCCAACGAAGCCAUUGUGGCUACUGGAAUCUAUGCUUAUGCUGUGAGUGAUAUGGUGACACCCCCAACCAUUGAGUUUCGAUCGCCCGUUACACCCAGACCAGAGAGUCGGUCGAAUAACGCGGCUGGCCAUAUCCUCGAUCGACACGGACUAGCAGCUGGAUCCUUUACAAACCAGGACUUGGGAAGUAUUGUAUUGAAACAGGGCCAGUGUGUGACCUAUCCCAACAUUCUCCAGCAUCGACUCAACCCCAUCAGAUUGCUGGAUCCUUUUAAAGAUCAAUGUGCUCACUGCAAGUUCUUGACAUUUUAUUUGGUAGAUCCAAGUAAGACCAUUGUGUCUACAGCAGCUGUUCCACCACAACAGAUUGGAUGGGUCACAGAUGCCAUGUCAUGUUCAGAAUGCAUUCCACAGCUACCAAAUGAGGUGCUUCGACUGAUUGCACAGUAUCUCCCUGGAGUGGUCACUGCGAGUGUUGCUCGUUCUAGACAAACCUUGGCCAUGCAUGAGCAAAUCCACAUCAUUGGUGCUGCCAUAAAUUCUCGAUUAGAAAGAAGAACCAUCGCAGCAGAAACGGAUGAUGAUAGCAGCGAAGACUUGGAUGAUGAUAGCAGCGAAGACUCGGAUGAUGAUAGCAAUGAAGACUCGGAUGACCAGUCCGAGUGA